AGCAGUGUGUGUUUAGCAGCAUCAUCCUACGGACCUGCGCCGCUUACUUUCUGUCGAGGCUGACUUUUCUCCCGCAAAAAAUCAAAUAACAUCACCACAGAGUUAAACAAAACACACAAGAGAAAUCUUAAGCUACCAGUGGCUCGACAGAAGAGCAUUUUUAGACAUCUGAAUUGCUUGUUUUUUCCCCCCGUCUUCGCAGGUUUUUUUCUGACCACUCCAGACAUCAGACCGGACUUCUCCCGUUGACUCCGCACUCUCGCAAGGCAAAAUGGGGAAACAGAACAGCAAGCUGACCCCUGAAGUGAUGGAGGACCUGGUGAAGAACACAGAGUUUAAUGAACAUGAGCUGAAGCAGUGGUACAAGGGAUUCCUGAAGGACUGUCCCAGCGGCCGACUCAACCUGGAGGAGUUCCAGCAGCUCUAUGUCAAGUUCUUCCCUUAUGGUGAUGCAUCCAAGUUCGCCCAGCACGCCUUCAGGACCUUCGACAAGAACGGCGACGGCACCAUCGACUUCAGAGAGUUCAUCUGCGCAUUGUCCAUCACAUCACGAGGCAGCUUUGAGCAGAAACUCAACUGGGCCUUCAAUAUGUACGACCUGGACGGAGACGGCAAGAUCACACGGGUGGAGAUGCUGGAGAUCAUCGAGGCAAUCUACAAGAUGGUGGGCACAGUGAUCAUGAUGAAAAUGAAUGAGGACGGCCUGACGCCUGAGCAGAGGGUGGACAAGAUCUUCUCCAAGAUGGAUAAGAACAACGACGACCAGAUCACGCUGGAGGAGUUCAAAGAGGCGGCCAAGAGCGACCCAUCCAUCGUAUUACUGCUGCAGUGUGACCUUCAGAAAUAGGCCGGAGGGCGAGCGGGGAGCGCUCCACCAGCCGCCACGGACUGCACAGAAAGAAUUUCAUGUUCCAUUCAGUUUGCAGCUAUUUCCACUGAAAAAAAAAAAUAUGCUUGGACUACCUUUCAAUGGAUCUGCUUCUUGUGUUUGAAACACUCGUGUGCAUGAGAAUGUUAUUUGCUAUAAAAAGAUCUACACACAACAUUCAAGAGUGUGCGGGUGCAAGAGUGCGGGUGCACACUUACACCACAGACAGAUACACUAACAGUACACACACAUGCACACACGACCUCUCACUACAUAUUAACACCUCGCACAAAUAAUAUAUAUAGAUAUAUAAAUAUGAAUAUAUAUUUAAAUUAUUUAAAGAUCAACUGCCAAAAUGUGAAGUGUGCAAAGUAUUUUCCAUACAGUUUCAUUCUAUUGGAGCUUGCGCAUCAGUGAUGUGCUACGUUGAAUUUGCCGCUACUCUAUUUAUUGUUCCGAGUUUACUGACGCUAGCUGUAUGUGUUUCAUAAUACUGAGUAAUGUCAACCGAACCAAAUUCCUAUGAUAAUGUAUCUGCCUCCAAUACAACACUCUAUCCAUCAUCUCGAAUAUUAGCUCUAGAAGAGAUGGAUUAGCGUUUGUCCAACUUUUCCUUCCAAGACAUGCUUGUACUGUCGGUAAAAAAUAAAUAAAUAAAUAAAUGUAGUUAAUUUGCAUGCCUUUAGGUUCUGCCUUAAAAAGCUCCUCAUUUUGCAUCCUGUAAUCGAAGACAGAAAGCCUUAUCAAAGCAGCACGGUGACACUUGUGGGAAGGAUGGGGGGGUGGGGACCGUGAGAAAAGAUUUUUACCGAAUAGGGAGAAUAAAAAUCAAACUGCAGUAGGUCCUUCUACAAGUAUCAUCGUAUGGGAUGUAAUUUUCGUGACCUGUCGAGACGUUUUUCUUUUUGACUGCUUUAACUGUGGGAGCAUGUUUCCUUGUAGAUUAGCUGUAGUACAUGUUGCAAAGAACUAAAUCCCUGCCCCUGCAUUUAAACACAUUAUCUCAUUACAAAUUAGGAGAUGCUGAAUGUGGAGGAAUCAUUUCAAAACAGUAUCGGAGAUAAAAAGAAGUCAGUGAGAUAAGUGAGAUCAAACAUUUAAAACAGAAUUCCCUGGAGAAUGAAUGAAGCUUCCUUUAGGUGGAGUUCAACUACAUUAGAAAGAAGAAAAAGUAUUCAUCUAUAGUUGGAGAGCAUUGCUAUCAAACUUAGUUAUAACCAUUACAUCCACUUUUUUCCCGUGAGCUUGCAGGUUUCAUAUCAAUAUGAUGAACCCAGAGGAGUUUUUUUUUAAGACCUAUUAGAGUGUUAAAGAAGAGCAGAUAUAAGGCCCACACAGCAUUUAACUUUCUUGUUUGUCUUUUUCAGUGGAAGUAAAUGAGUCGUGAGAGGAGCAGUGAGUGACGUUUCAUUAUACACUGUAACCAGUAGAGGACAGCCCUUAUUGUAAAGCCAUGUUGUUUAGUAGGUCGACCAAUUCGCCCUCCCUGACCCCUCAAAGUAUUUCUCUCAAUCAGUCAAUCUUUUUGUACUUUUUUACUCCCUUCUCUCACGCAUUGUACACGUACCGACGUAUGCUAAAAUGUAGAGAAGUUCAGUGAAGUGUGGUACCUCCUAGAAAAGACUCGGAAGAUAAGAUGUAAGCUCACUUUAAAUAUGUUUACCUGGCCCCGUCUGAAAGCACCACACACACACUUUCCAAACCUGCAUUAAUACUACAACUGUUUUAAGACCUAAAGGGGGCUGAAGGAGGUGAGAUAUGUCAUAACAGACAGUUUCGCAAUAAAGAACUAGCAUGCCAGCCCAUCGUCAUCUCUCAGCAGUGUGGCUUGUCCCUGUCAAGUUUGUAAUCUGAACUUCUUUACAUGAACAUCUUUGGCCAGACAAUGUUUCUAAUUACAACCCUUUUAAUUACUAUUACUGCUAUCAAGAUACCAAAUGUAAGCGAAGGCAACCGUGUACAAGGAUUCUUUUGUAGCAUGUAUUGUGUCCCUGACGACAUGGCUGCACUACUCCCUGUGUUGUGAUUUAAUCUAAUAAAAGGAACUCUAUGGGC